AUGGUGUCCGAAGCCUUCGUAAAUAUUUAUAAAAGGAAAUAUGUAAUAAGCGAGAUCCAAAAAGCGUCUCCAGUGACUAAUCUAGCACCAGCUCUGCCUCGGCUCCUCAAAGAAGCGAAACUCCGGGUUCGUUGGUACAAGAACAAAGAUCUUCUUGGCGACAGUGAAGUUCCACAUCACCUGAUGCCGCCCAGGACCCGUAUGUAUGCCAACUUUAGUCUUCAGAUAGACGAACUCACCGGUAACGAUACGGCAGAUUACACGUGUGAGGUAAUACGUCCGGAGCCAUGGGGCCCGAUCAGACAAACUCACACUAUAGAGGUUCAAUAUUCGCCGACAGUUAAGACGGUUCCUGAAGAUGGGUUUCUGGAAGUAAAGAAGGGGGAUUAUGUUGACAUCGGUUGCGAAACGAGUGGAACACCAUCACCUAUUGUCGAUUGGAGCAAAAAUGGCGAACCAAUGGCGCUAUUAGAGCACAGGUCGCGAAUUCGAUUCCGCGCUGAGCAUAGACUUUUGGCUGGUGUUUAUGAAUGCACGGCUAAUAAUGGCGUUGGUGACCCAGUGAAGGCAGCUAUUACUGUUGUCAUCCAUGAUGCGCCAGUAGUAACGACGGACCGUAGUUUUGUCCACACAGCUGUUGGUCUUCGCGCAGUUUUAUCAGCACGACUUGAAUAUGCGAAUCCACCAGCCAGAACUUCGUGGUUUAGAGAUGGAAGACCAGUUAAACUUGACGAUAGAGUGGUCAUGAUAGUUCAAGACAAUCUGCAUCAAUUAAUCUUCCGUACAGUUCGUAAAUCGGAUCUCGGAAAUUAUACUUUUCGCGCGGAAAAUAAACUUGGUAUGGCAGACGUUGCGUUUAAACUUACCGGUGUACCAAAUACAGCGUCAUUUAAAGUAGACCCGGCUUUAAAUAAAGCUUCACCUGUCACCUACACUCUUUACUGGGAAGUCGAUUCUUAUUCUUCUAUCAUCGAAUAUAACCUGUGGAUUCGUCCUUAUUAUGGUAAACUGUCAACGGUGGAACCGGAUGCAUUUACAACAGAAGCUGCCGCCAAUUUGUGGAGUAAAAUCGUCGUUCCUGGUGACUCUACUGAUGGACCUAUCCAUAGUGCCAGCUACACAGUGCGAGGUCUAACUCCUUCUACCGUCUAUGAAGCAAUCGUCACCUCUAGAAAUAGAUUUGGCUGGAGCAAGCCAUCCCCGAUGUUACAUUUUGCGACGGAACCUGGAUUUGGCAGAACGCUACCGUCAUUUGAAGAGACAGAUAUCACGCCGAUUCUGGAAGAACCUCAACAAGAAGAAGCCUUCAAUAUAACAAAAGCACACAUUUUUGAACGACUCGACGAUACCUCUAACGCAAAUACUCUCAAAACAUGGACUUCGGUUGUGAUAUUUUGUCACACUUUUAUUUACUAUUUAAUGAGAUAA